AUGGACCAUAUCAGGCCCCAAUACCCUCGAUCUCAUACCAAUCCAGAAGGUGGUCUACCCAGGUCUCCUUAUUCUAAUAAUUCGGAAAAAAAGGAAGGCAAUAACAUGAGCUAUCCUUUAUUCACUUCACCUCACACUGGGGGUCCUUCAAGUCCCUUCAAUGCGGGUGAACUUCCCCCUCCUCAAAAAAAAAGUCGGACUAUUGGUCAAGAUCAAGGUACUCUGAGUCUGAAAUUCUUUUUACCAACUCAAAGGCUGAACAUUGAACCUAACGUUAGCUAUACUAGAAGCUAUAGCUCGAAUUCAAUACCUUCUUUACUUGCUGGCCCAACUACUAGUGCAGGCGCUAGUGCUAGCACUAAUAUAGGAACAGAAAAUUCUGCAACUGAGUGCAAUAAUUCCUCCACUUCUUCAAAAUCCAAUCAUAAUUCAUUUUCAAUUAAUUCAAGGCCUCAUCAACAAAGACAUAAUCUGGUGCAUGAAAUUCAAAAUUCAGGUCCAAAUACAAAAGUGUCUUCCUUGUCUAAUAUUACGCAAUCCAAUGGAUCUAACUCUCAGUAUAGAACUGUUCCUAUCAGUCACCUAACUUCCCAUUCUCGUCUGAGUAUAGGAAGUGAAAGUGAUGAAGAUGAAAGGUUUUUAAGAUUGGCAAAGGAAGCACUAGUUGCCACAGCGGGUGCAAAAGGUGUUGCAAACAAUUUGAUGGUAGAUCCUACGAUCCAAGAUUUAUUGAGGAGACUUCAAUAUGCAUCGUCACCACAUGGAAAUCCUAUCAAGAGGUCGAAAAAGAUUCAUGCGAAUGAAAAUGGUCAGCUUCAAAUCCAAGGGUUCUAUAAACAGUUUCCAAAUUUGAGUAACAAUAUAUUCAUGGAAUCAGAAGGAAGUCACAUUAUGAAUAGCGGAGCUAACCUAUCCGCUACAGCUGGGAAUUCUUCGACUAUUACAAAUGGGGAGGACUCCUCUAAACUGUUGCACCAUCCUAGUAACUCUAGAAGUGAAGGAUGGAAUUUCUUAGUUGGAGAACCUAUGGUUUAUAAAACCCAAAAUACAAGAACAGCAGAAGACGUAGAAGAUGAAGAAGAUGAAGAUCUUAGAGAUGAAAAGGACUCUUCUGAAGAAGGAGGUGAAGAAUCUCGUAAGUUUUCUUGUGAAAAAUGUUUAAUGUCAUUUAGACGUUCCUCAGAUUUAAAAAGACACGAAAAGCAACAUUUAUCUAUCCCACCAAAUAUUUGUGAGCUUUGUGGCAAGGGUUUUGCUAGAAAAGAUGCCUUGAAAAGACAUAUGGGUACGCUUACUUGUAAAAGAAAUGCAGAUAAACGAUUAUACAUCGAAAACCUCAGUUAUGUGAAUAAAAGGAAAAAAGAUGUACCAGGUAAUGGUCAAUCCUUCCGGUCAAACAAUAAUGAAAAUGAUUGGGAUAUUUAA